GAUGAAUCAAACUGGUCAAAACAGUUUUCACAAUGUGGUGGCAGAAAACAGUCUCCGAUAAACAUUGAAACUAAAACAUUGAAAAAUAAGGAAAUGUCAUUCAAAUAUUAUAAUUAUGAUAAUAAAAAUUAUGUCUAUAAUGUACUAAAUACUGGUUAUUCGAUUUCAACAAUCAUUCAACAUUCAAAAACUAAGCCGGGUAUUGAUUUUGAAUCGACCAUGUACAUUUUUGAUAGGUUUCAUAUACAUUGGGGCAAUCAGGACGACAACGGCAGUGAACAUAGUAUUGAUAAUAAAUUUUCAGCCGCAGAGAUACAUUUGGUGCACUAUAAUGAAAAAUAUGAAUCAAUGGAAAAAGCUAUGACUAAACCUAAUGGACUGCUAGUGAUAGGAGUAUUAGCUAAACUUAGUCUCUGUCCUAACAUAAACUUAAAUUUUUUGACAAAAGCGGCGCAAAAAAUAUAUUUAUACAAUUCAACACUUGUUAUACCAAGUGAUGACAAUUUUCAAUUGAAUCAAUUGUUGCCAAAUGACAAAAAUGGAAACUAUAGAUACCAGGGAUCAUUUACAAUACCGCCCUGUUUUGAGACAGUGACCUGGCUAUUAUAUAAGAACCCUAUUGCAAUUAGUAGCGAUCAGAUUAAGGUAUUUCGUGAUUUACAACAGAGUUCAGGCAAAAAAUUACUAACAAAUCGGCGACAAAUUCAAUCAUUAAACGAUCGCACAGUUUCUAUAUUUUAA